CUACGAUGAGAGCGACAGGACAGCCUGAGACAACCCGUUCCGCCGAACAGAGCGUGAUGAGGCUCGGAAGGCUUUCAUAGAGCGAGGCUGUGAUUGUUUGGUGUUCAAAUUCAGUCUGACACUGGCAGACAUUUGGCAGGACGCAGCACGUGACGGCUCGAAUUUCCCCGGCUUUUUUCCCCUUCGGCGCGUCUUCUCAAUCUCGGUCCGAGAUCCAACCUCAUCCUCCUCGGUGCAAGAAUGUCCCUCGCGCUGCCGUCGUGAUCCAGCUGCAAUGAAUGCGACCAAACUAGAACUCUACGACAAUCAGGUUGGCCAUAGGAGUCUUUCAGGGGUCUCGUCCACGCAGCUGCGCGGCCAGUCCAUUACCCCCUCCGACUCUGACUCCGGCGGAGAGGAUGACCGAGAUGGCUCCAAGAAACGCAAAAGGCCUAUGAAUGUCACUUGCGAGGCUUGCAAGCAAAGAAAGGUCAAGUGUGAUCGCGCCCAGCCUGCCUGUGGCUGGUGCUCUCGCAACGACCAUCCAUGUGAAUACAAGGAACGAAAGAAGCCUGGGCUUCGAGCUGGAUAUGGCCGCGAACUUGAAGGGAGGCUCGACCGUCUGGAAGCGCUUCUCCAGGAGCAGGGGCGUCAGCUGGCAGCCCAUCUGAGCGAGGCAUGUUCCAUUUCGUCGUCUGCUGCGCCUAAUGCGCACGUCUCGAAGUCCAGAGGGCAAGAAGUCGACCUGCAGGGGCAACAAGGCGCUGCCUACGGUCCCGAAGCUGGCACGUACGGGGACGAGGCGCAAUUUCAGCAGCCGACUAUUGACCCGCAUUUGCCAUCGUCCGUUUCUCGCCAUGGGUCAUUGAACUAUGCUCCAGGGCAGCACUCGACUAGUAUUCCAGAACAACAGAUGGUCGCUCCUCAGAGUCACUAUACGCCAUCCGUACAUUCGCACGCCCUCACAUCGCCUCAUUCGACAACGGGAUACCAGGGCACUCAGGUGUUCAAUGAACAUUCGGCCAUGUUACCCCCUUAUGAUCUUCUAUACUCCUUGGUUGAUCUUUAUUUCAGGCACGUCAAUACGUGGCUUCCUUUGCUGGACAGGAAAACCACUCUCGACACUCUGUUCGGCUCUUCGUCGCUUGACGAAGCAGACAGAGUUCUGUUGCACGCCAUCGUGGCAACGUCUUUGCGGUUUUCACAGGAUCCUCGAUUGACGGUGGAGAGCCGCCAACAUUACCAUGAUACAUCGAAACAACGGGUCCAACUUUUCGGCCUGGAGAAUUCGAAUGUAAGGGCAUUGCAGGCGUUGGUCAUACUGGCGCUAGAUGUUACGGGGACCACCAACGGCCCGCCUGCAUGGAACUUGCUAGCCCUGAUCAGUAGGAGCAUGGUGCAAUUGGGUCUUGCGGUCGAAUCAAGUUCUACACUUGCUUCACCCAUGUACCCGUCCAUUGCAACACUUCGCGCUUCGGUUCUACCCGAGCCGAAGAGCUGGAUUGAGGAUGAGGAACGACGGAGGCUCUUCUGGGCGGUCUACCUCCUUGAUCGGUAUGCCACCAUCGCAACAGCCUUCGAGUUUGCCCUCGACGAGAAAGAGGUAGACCGACGGUUGCCUUGUCGAGAUGACCUUUUCGCUGCCAACAAACCGGUAGAGACUCGGUGGUUUCGGCCCCCUGAACGUCCUCGAUACACGACAGGAAUGACCGAGACUCAUGGACAUUUCUCGUACCACUGUGAACUGGUGGCUAUUCUCGGUCACAUCCACCAAUUUCUGAAACGACCAAUUGACAUUGGAUCACUGGCGGAUGUGGAGCAGUGGCAAGGCUCAUAUCGGGCCCUUGACAGCGACUUGAACGCCUGGCACUUCAGUCUGCCGGACGAGUUUGCCAACAUCACGCGGCUCCUCAAAUCCAACAUUCCUGCCAAAAAUACCAGCACGGGCUGGAUCAUGCUGCAUGCCGCAUACUGUCUAACCGUGAUUAGGCUGAAUUCGUCGGCAGCUUACCCCAGCCAGACCUCUCCGAUCUUCUCGUCCUCUUACAGUGCCAUGCAGCGAUGCUUAUCUGCUGUCGAGAACCUGCGUCAGCUUUGUCGUUUCGUUAAGCUCAAUGGUCUUUUGGACCGGUUGGGACCUCCGUUUGCAUUUGCUAUCUGGGUGGGGUCCCGAGUGAUGCUGGUACAUGGGUCGACCAUGGAUCACGAGGUGGACCCUGAUAUCGACUUCUUCGUCACCACAUUGUCUGAAAUGGGCGACUAUUGGCCUGUUGCAAAGCGGUACAGUGAUAUACUGAGCCGUGUAUUGGGAGAGUACCGGCAAUCACAACGGGCGAGCGGCACCAUGGGAGAGAUUGUGACGCCGUCCACGGUCAAGAUACUCGCUGACAUGCGCCGAUGUGCAUACGACUUGGAUUUCCUCAUUACUCGCCAGCCGCACGCGGCCGCCGUCAAAUCAUACCACCCUACACGGGCGAAUACUCCGGCCCCCAACGAACUCGAAUACUUGGACGUCUUCGAUCUCUUCAACUUUCCACGUUUGCCAAUGACACAGGAAGGAGUCGACAAUGGGAACUCGCAAAGCCUCGGGCAAGCUGCGCCUCAAGACCUUGGAUCGAUGAAUGGCGCCAUGAUCCCUAACUUUGCGGUCCCAAAUCCCGAAGCGGAUUGGCUUUUCCACGCCAGCUAGGUACAAGGCUAGGGACAAGGCCCUUCCGAGGCCCUCCGCGGAAGCCUAGCCUCACGUGAGGAUGCCUACAAUGGCAGAGGUGGCAAGUUCUCAUAGCUCUCGAAAGUAUGGUUUCAACCGGGAAAAGUUAUUAUGAGCAGGCAACACUCGGCCGAUACUGAAGACCCGAUGGCGACUGAACACUUACGUUUGAUGUCCGCAGAUCAGUUCCCGUGCUGGCUAGAUACCGGUUCGGCGGUCAGCCGCUAUGAGCGAGCAGAACAGCUGCAGGCUUGAUAACCGGAGUCAGCCUUGCGCGAUGCCUAAUAAAAGGGGAGAACAUAAUAAUGACGAAUAGGAUCGUCUCUACCCAAACUUGGGAGUUUAAGGGACUUGGACCUGCCGCCUACCACUAGCGACAUACUAUAAGCCAUGUGGAAUCAUUUGUUUCCAAAAGUAAAUCGCCGGGUCCCAAGAAACUUUAACUUUCUACCAGUCAUGCUUACGAGCUGGCCAAAGAAGGCAGGGACAAACAUUGACAGCCUGAGGGAGCCCACCGUCGAGUCCCACUCGACUACUAGACCGCCGGCGCAUUUCCUGUGGGGUGCAAUGGGCGGCUUGUCACCAAAUAUGGAGCAGAUGGCAGCGGUACAACCGUGCAACCGACGACAAGUCGAGCGCAACAGAUCCAGGAAAAACAGCUCCUCAUAGUAGGAUCAAAUGGUGGUAGAGAGAGCUUCUUCACACAGCUCCCACGCAGAUACUGCGAAUUGCACGCACAACAUGAACAUUGCACGAAUGAAUAAGCUGGUCAGGUGAUUGCCAAGCUAUGCCAGUCACAUGACGGCACAAUCCCAGA